AUGGCGGACAUGAUGGGAGGACGGGUGCGACGAUGUCCAACCAGGCCCAUGAUGCUCUGCCUCCGGGCCCCCAUGGAUGACUACACAUUCCCCCGAACUUUCGCCCUGAAGCGGAAAGAUGGACGACCCGGAGAAAGACCCCUCUGUUGCUGGUGGCCUGUGGGCUCAAUUCUCCCCCAUCACCUACCUCCACCUGCGCAUGUUCGAAAUGGCCGCCGACUACGUCAAAUUCAGCACCAACUUUUGAGAUCAUCGGCGGAUACCUUUCUCCGGUGUCGGAUGCCUACCGCAAGGCUGGCCUGGCCAGUGCAGAGCAUCGGUAAGCCCCUCCUCGGGGGAACCCCGAUUACUACACCCGCACGGAAUUGGACUGACCAAUCUAUUCUUAGCGUGGCCAUGUGCCAACUCGCUGUGGACCAGACCUCGGACUGGAUCAUGUGUGAUACCUGGGAGCCAAUGCAGAAGGCCUAUCAACCCACUGCCGUGGUCCUGGACCAUUUCGACUACGAAAUCAAUACAGUGCGGCAGGGCGUCGAGGCCGCUGAUGGCAACCGCAAGCCUGUACGCAUCGCCCUUCUCGCUGGGGCCGACCUGAUCCACACCAUGUCUACUCCUGGUGUAUGGAGCGAGAAGGAUCUCGACCACAUUCUCGGAAAAUAUGGCUCGUUCAUCGUGGAGCGCAGUGGAACAGACAUCGACGAGGCGCUGGCCGCUCUCCAACCCUGGAGGGAUAACAUCUACGUCAUUCAGCAGCUCAUCCAAAACGACGUGAGCAGUACCAAGAUCCGUCUGUUCCUAAGGCGUGAAAUGAGCGUCAGGUACUUGAUCCCCGUACCAGUCAUCCACUACAUCGAACAACAUCAUCUGUACGAAGAUGACGGUGCAAACGCUGGCUCCGCCGCCGACAAGGGUAAAUCUGCGCAAGAGCCCGGACGUUCAGGUUGA